AGGUGAUAAGGCUGUGACAUAAAGGGGGCCUGGUGACAAGAGGGUGCAGCCAGGCCACUGCAAAGAGGAUGGCCAGCAGGAAGGCUGGGACGCGGGGCAAGGCUGCCACCAAGCAGGCCCAGCGAGGCUCUUCCAAUGUCUUCUCCAUGUUUGAGCAAGCCCAGAUCCAGGAGUUCAAAGAAGCCUUCAGCUGCAUCGACCAGAACCGGGACGGUAUCAUCUGCAAAUCGGACCUGAGGGAGACCUACUCCCAGCUAGGGAAGGUGAGCAUCCCUGAGGAGGAGCUGGAUGCCAUGCUGCAGGAAGGGAAGGGCCCCAUCAACUUCACCGUCUUCCUCACGCUCUUUGGGGAGAAGCUCAAUGGGACAGACCCUGAGGAAGCCAUCCUGAGUGCCUUCCGCAUGUUUGACCCCAGCGGCCAGGGGGUGGUGAACAAGGAUGAGUUCAAGCAGCUUCUCCUGACCCAAGCAGACAAGUUCUCUCCUGCUGAGGUGGAGCAGCUGUUCGCCCUGACACCUGUGGAUCUGACGGGCAACAUCGAUUACAAAUCCCUGUGCUACAUCAUCACCCAUGGAGAUGAGAAAGAGGAGUAG